CCAAAUCCAAGUCUGAUUCUCACUUAUCUCCAUCUCUCCCAUUUUUCUUCUUCUUUCUUUCUGUCUCAGCUCCUCCGUGAACAAACAAGGAGAUGGACGAGAACUCGAGAGUACACCCAGGUUGUGUUAAUGCUGCUAAUCCAUACCAUGAAUGUGGUGUUAAUUGUUUAGAAAGAGCUGCCAGAGGCGAAAAACGAAGGGAUAAAAAGAAGAUAGGUAAUCACAGUGGAGUACUUGGCAAAAAGAAGGAUGAUGAGAGAAGAGUACGCCAAUCUUGUCCUAAGGCAUCUAAUCCUUACCAUCAAUGUGAUGAAUUUUGCUCCCAAAGAACUACUCUGGCUGAUGCCCUAGCUGUUACAAAUGACUCAGAUAAUCACUAUCGCAUAAAACAAGGUGAUCUUGGCAAAAAGAAGGAUGCAGAGAAAACAGUCUACCCAAUUUGUGCUAAGGCUUCUAAUCCUUACCAUGAAUGUGAUGACUUUUGCAUCAAGAGAAAUACUGUGGCCAAUGCUCCGGGGGUUAAAAAAGAAUCAGAUAUUCGCAAUGGUAUAAAACACAAUGAGCUUAGCAAAAACAAGGAUGCUGGGAAAAUGGUCUACCCAAAUUGCGCAAGGGCAGCUAAUCCUUACCAUGAAUGUGAUGAAAAUUGCCUCAAAAGAAAUACUGUCUCCAAUACUCGUGGUUUUAAAAAGGAAUCAGGCUCCAAAAUCCUUGAGGAUUCCCAAAACUUUGGCAGGAAGAAGAAGGGAUCUGACUCUGAUCCAAUAUCCCCUAGGGUGCUUGACAAUACACCUGCUGAUCCUAAGUCACCUCGAUCCCAUUUUUCUAUGAAAGUGGUGGAAUUAGAGAAUAGUGGAUCCUUUUCUUCCUCUGAGCAACAUUCUGAGGGAAUUUACUCCCGAGUUCAAUCUUUUGACAUGGAACAAGUUCAAUUCUCUCAAUCAGUCCCUGCAUCUGGGAAUAUCACGCCUGUUAGAGUAACCCAAACCAGAGUGAAAGAAGCUGAGAAGUUCCAAACUUCAUCUCAGUUCAGUUCAGAUCAAAACGUUGAGGUUGGAAGAGGCAACUCUAAAAGCUCUACCUUUAGUUUCUCAGGCACUGCUCAAACUCCAGAAGAGAGUGAUGAGGAAGAGGUGGAAUCUGUAAUCUCUGAUUCGUGCGUGUCAGUUGGAAAAUACCAUGUGAGAUCAAGUGUCUCUUCCACUCUGCAGGCAAUUCUUGAAAAGUAUGGAGAUGUAGCAGCCAACUGCCAGCUAGAAUCAGCUUCAAUGCGUGCUUAUUACUUAGAGUGUCUGUGCUCCGUGGUUCAAGAAUUGCACUCCACUUCAGUCCAGCAACUGACAAAAGCAAAAGUAAAAGAAAUGUUUUUGGUCCUCAAAGACAUAGAAUCCGUUAAUAUUGAUGUCUCCUGGCUGCGUGGCAUUCUCAAUGAAAUCUUGGAAGCCAUCGAGCUCAUGAUUCAACAUCAUGCAAUCGAGUCAACAAAAUCCAAACAAAAGCGUUCUUUGGAAACAACAAAGAAAGAACUAGAAUCUCGGUUGGAAGAUUUAGCUCAAAAAGAAAAGGAGGCAGCGGAUGCCAGGGUACAAGUUGCAGAAACAGAAGCUAAGUUGAGGAUGCUCGAGCAUGAAUGCUCUCACCUGGACAAGACUGUUUCAUCAAUCAAGUCCAUUGUUGAAAAGUUUCAAGGGAAAUCCCUGGUAGAUGAGCUUUUGUAAGGCAUUUUGCCAAACAGAACACUAUCAUUUGAUGCUUGGCUUUGUAGAAUAAAAUGGAAAUGGCAACAUAAGUGCUUCUAGCUACGCAUGUUUAGGACAUAAAUUACUUUAAUCUUUUGUAAGCUGGCAGUCUUGUUUUUACAUGUCAUUUCCCGUCCGUGGUCAUUCAAAUUAAAUAAUGAAAAUGUGA